UACCGAAAGCUGCCAGCUGGUCGAGCUGGCAACACAAUAAACAAAUCAAACAUGGCGCGCGUUUACGACGCUUCUCGUAGAAUUUUGAUUUUUUCUUUUUCUUUCAUAGUAUUAUUAUGUUCGACAAUAGAUUUUGCUAGUGCAAACAAAGAACUAAAUGAAAACAACUGGAAAGAAAUCCUCGAAGGAGAAUGGAUGCUCGAAUUCUACGCCCCAUGGUGUCCUGCCUGCAAUGCUCUAGCGCCAGCUUGGAAGGAGCUCUCUACACGAGCUGCCAAAAACUCUCUCCCUCUACGUACUGCUGCAGUUGACGUCACUAACUCGCCUGGUCUAAGUGGAAGAUUUGUUGUUACCGCACUGCCUACUAUUUUCCAUGUGAAAGAUGGCGAGUUUCGUCAGUACAAGGGUCCACGUGAUGUAGAGUCCAUGCUGACCUUUGUCGAGAACAAAAAGUGGAAGCAAACCGAUCCCAUCCCGGGAUGGAAGGCACCUGACUCACUGCAAAUGUCCUUGGUUGCUGAGUUCUUCAAGAUGAGUCAAGCACUUCGGGGAGUCCACAAUAUGCUUAUGGAAGCAUACGGCUUACCAUCAUGGGGUUCAUACCUUAUAUUCGCCAUUGCCACAAUAUUCGUUGGUGCUCUAGUCGGAUUGAUUUUAGUCUGCGUGAUUGACUUCCUCCAUCCACCUCAGAAAGUCGACAAGAAGUUUAUAUCGAGAUCUGAACUUGAGAAGCUAGCACGUGGCGACAAUGAUGGCAAGAAAUCUGACGAUGAGCAGGAGCUGAUCAAUGAUGACAUUCUGGAUGACGCUGAAAACUCUCCCAACAGUGACGCUGAGAAGAACUCUCCCAGCGAUACUUCUGAAGAUGAUAACGAGAAAACAUCCGAAGCGGCCGGAGACAGUAAGCCAGUGGACAAGGACUCCAGCGACAAACCAGAGGCUCGGAAACGCAGACCAAGGAAGGCUGACUGAAGUAACGCCGCACCACCAGAGAGCGACUUACAAACACUUAUUAACUAGCUGCUUGCGGUUCCAUAUCUAAUAUCUUACUUGCAAUUUAAUAGUUGCGAGGCUUAUGAAUAAUAUAAUAAUAGGCAGUUUAUAUCGACGCUUGAAAGGCAAACGUGACUAAAAAAAGAGAGUAUUAAGCAGUAGGCAGCGGCUUGGCUCUGCUCCUGGCACUGCUGAAGUCCAUGGGCGACGGUAACCACUUACCAUCAGGUGGGCCGUACGCUCGUCUGCCUACAAAGGUAAUAAAAAAAAAGCGACAAUGCGUGAACUUUACAGUAGACUAAUUUAAAGUUGAAAUUAAUUUAUAAUAUACCUGAGAAAUACCUGAAAAAAAUUCUAUUUUAACGAAUCUAGCUGUAGGAUUGAAAUGAUUUUAAUAGACCUAAAAAUAUAUUUUUUUUUGCGCAUCGAAUAUGGUUAUUGCCUAUCAUUUAUGUAUAAAGCAGUUAUUGUCACUUAGUCACGUUUGCCUUUCAAGCGUCGAUAUAUAACUGAUUUUUCUUUGUAAUAAUAUAUAAAUGUUUGAAAGUAAAAGAACUCUAAAAGAUAUGACAAAUUUGUUAGACUAAAUUAUGUAUACAUGAUGCGGCAAGAAAAAUGAGUUUUCUGUUUGAAAAAAAAACACCAAAAUACAAAAAUUACAAUUGCUUUAGUAUUAUUCAUUAAUCUCGUUCGAAAUAGCCUUUUGUAUUGAGGAUGAAUUACUCAUUUAAUAGAUUUUAAAUCGACAAUUGUAAUUUUUUAGCAUCUCACGGAAUAUAAUGAAAUUAAAAAAAUAAUUGUAGGUUGGUUAUCGUUAAAAAAAUAAUAUUUAAUGAGAAUUUAAUUUGACAUACGCGUCUGUUGUGUUUUGGGGAAGAGCUAAAUUUUUUAAUUGGAAAUAAAUGAGUUGUGAUUAAUUAAACAUUCUUUAAAAACAAACUUGUGUUUGUUCAUUUUAUACACAAUAAAAGGGGUCAACCGACUAUGACAUUGCCGUUGGCAUGUUUGUUUUGCCUUAACACUGCAUUUAAUUUUGUCUCGCGCACCGUGUGUUGUGUGUUAUAUUAGACUUGUAUGUAAAUGAUAUUGUUUUAAAAUUGAGAUUUUUAAUUAUUAAAAAAAUAUAAAAUUUUCUUGUAUCCUUUGUUUUAUUUGAGUCGUCUAUUAUCAAAGGUGGCAAUCUGUGUAUUUGGACAAAAAAAUGUUAUUGAUAUGUCAAUACAGAUUGAUUUGAAUAUAAUCGUCUCCUUCAAAGAAUACGGUUCAAAACCUGCAUUAAAUAAAGGUUAAUACUUAACCUGUUAUUUAUCUAAGAUGUCGUUCAGAAGAGUUUUGUGACUGCCAAUGGAAUACAAAGUCAAUAAUUCGUUUUUCUGAUUUACCAAUAAUUGUCCAAAAGUCACAUUGCCGACUUUGAUAAUAGUCUACUCAUUUGUAAUAAAUAGUAAUUGUAUAUUAUUAUGUUUAUUAUGAUGAAAUUUUAAAUCACAGUUCGGUUUAUACAGUAAGACUUUAAUAUUAAUACAAGAAAUCAAAAUUUGUAUCUUCUCAUCUAUUCUUACUAAUACUCUCUAAAGAUUAAUGCUGUUGACUACUUAAAGAAUAAAUGAUUUUCUCUGUUUAACCAAAUCAAAACCUAUAUAAUAAUUCACUAGAUCGCGUUAUCUGAUGUGUUCACAAAUUGCAUUCCUGUUACUAUUGUAUCGCCAUGUUUUAGUUUAUUCGCUGAGUGAACUUUAGGUGUUGUAACACUGAGACAUGCGGACUAUAUAGAAAUUAAAUUAUAGCAAUAGUUGUAUUCGUUAUAAUCUUGCAUUUACUUACAAUAAUUUUUUAUAUAAUUUCUUCACGAUUUAAUGCUUUUGUGGGUAUUGUGUGAUUGAGUAAUUUCGAUAAGUAAAUAGAGGGAUUGUAUUUGUUUAUAAAAAAAAUAUAGUUAUCUUUGAAGACGGCUUACGGACGAUAGUUUUACGUGACGUCAUCAGCAGAACUAUUCAAUCUACUAGCUCUGACGUCACGCGAGAACAGAGAUAAAUGUGUCACAAGCCGACGCUUGGGCUGAUCGUGCCUCUCGCUUGCACGCUCAGACUCAGGCGGAACGUGACACUUUUUCGUGCGUGCAGCCGAUGUUCGAUUUUUUUUCUCAAUAUUUGAAAAUAUAAGUAUAUAUAUAUAUAUAUAUGUAACUGUUACGAAUUUGGAAGUCUGAAGGAAGGCAACACGAAAAAACGGAAUAUUUCAUUAAUCAUAUUAUUAUGAUCUUGUAACUCUGAUUCAUUUCAGAUUCAUUUCACAUUAUCUAAAUGACAGUUUUAUAUCUUCGAAUAUUGUUCGAUACUUCAUGUACAUAUUUCUAAGUUCAGGCCAUAUUUUUCACGGAUUUCGGACGAUUUCUGAAAUAUUUUGUUUUUGGUGUUGUUAUGGGAAGCGGCCGAGGGGUGGCGUGUUCGCAAAGACUUAAAUAUUAAUAUAGUGUUGCGUUUAUAUUCCUAUUGUGACUCGCUGAAUAAAUAGUAUUUGUA